CACUCGACUGCGCAGCCGAAUUGUAUUAAUUCCUCUUUUCUAUUCUCUCUCGCUGCCAGCUUGGUACGCUUCAUAUUCUGUGCUUUGCAACACCUUACGAUGAGUUCGUCCGCGAAGCUUUCGCACACGACCGAGUCGUUCGCUGAUCGCAAGAAACAGCAGGAGAUUGCUCAGGCUCGUCAAGCGGGGACGUUAGCACCUGCCGUCGAUGCCAAAACAGGAUCUAUGAUCAAUCCUCACAAUCCAGAGUUUAUAACGAAAAAGCCUUGGUAUUUGGGCGGGAAUGCGGACCAGAACAGCAAUGACCCAACCCUCGAACAUCAAGCCGUAGCAGAGGAAACACCGACGCUUUCAUUGAUGGCCGCCGAGGAACUCCUGUCCCAGCAAAGAUUAAAGCACAAAGCUCGCAAACCGAGGGUGCGCAUGACGAAAUCGGGUUCAAGGGCGGAAGAGUUUGUUAUGCCAAAUGCGUCGUCGGGUUCCAGCAAUGGAGCCAUUAAACAAACCUAUGAUAGCAAACGUGAUGCUUAUCACGGAUACGAUAAAGAUUCCCACAAUCAAAAGCUUGCCAAAAAGUUUGAAAUCCGUGAAUCAUUCCGACGCAAAGUACAAGAAGAUUCAUCUAAGGACAAGACGGACACAAAAGGCAACGAUUCGGACUCGGAUUUUGAUGACUCGGAUGAUUCGGAUGUUGGCAGCGAUGAUUCAGAGGAUGAGUUUGUACAGCGUGAUGAAGAUGCCAAGGUCCUGACGACACGAUUGGCCAGGCAGGGUGGUGUUGGUGGAGCCCAAAUGAAAGUGACGGCACGAAAUUUGCGAAUUCGGGAAGACACAGCCAAGUAUUUGCGCAAUCUUGACCCUAACUCCGCUUACUACGACCCCAAAUCCCGCUCCAUGCGAGACAAUCCUCAUCCAGAAGUCGAUCCGACCGAGUCGCAAUUUGCCGGAGAUAAUUUUGCACGUAUUUCGGGAGAUGCUGUGCAAUUGGCCGAUACGCAAUUAUUCGCAUGGGAUGCAACGGACAAAGGUGUUGAUGAAAUACAUCCGCAAGCCAAUCCUUCGCAAGCCGAAGUACUCAAGAGAACUUUUGAGUCGAAAGCCAAAGACAUGAAGCUUGAGAGGAAAAAGCGCGUAUUGGACAAAUAUGGUGGGGCAGAAUACCUCGACGGGCAAGGAGGUUUAGCGUCAGCUACUGAGACGGAAAAGAAGGCGGAUGAUAUGGCUCAGGAACGGAAACUGAGGUUUGGCGUGCAGACGAAAGCCGAGAUGUAUUCGAGGGAUGGGCGUAUAGAAGGUGGGACCUCGACCAAACGUGAGGCUAUCUCUUCGAAAUACGAAGAAGAUAUACUGAGCAACGGACACACUACUGUGUGGGGUAGCUACUUCCACAAAGGAGCAUUUCAGUGGGGUUAUGCCGAUGAUCAUUCGUUGUUGAAGGCUUCGUACUGUACAGGAGAGAAUGGCCGAAUAGCGAACGACGAAGCCAACGAAAUGAGAUACGGAACAGGGGUGGCUGGGGCAAGGAAUGAAAGCAAGCUAUCGUCGGCGCCAGUCAACCGGUCGAAACUUUACGGAGAAGCGAAUCCGAAAGCACAGUUAGAUGAGGCCAAAUUGAAAGAGGCACUGAGCAAAGAAGUGCCUAAAGAAAUAGUAGACGACAGAAAGCGCAAGUACCACUCAAUGAACGCUGAAGUUGAAAUGACUGAGGAAGAUAUGGAAGCUUACAGGCUGCUCAAAGAUCGGAAGAGCGACCCAAUG